GUGGAACCCCCAAUUUGUCCUCGAUGCCUUCGGCCUUGGCUAUCUUCACUUGCCGCCCGAACUCGCAUCCUUUUCAGGAGCGUCAUGUCUACCUGGACGAGCCUAUCAAAAUUGGCCGUUCUGUGGCCCGCUGUCGGCCAGCCCAGAAUAAUGCCACCUUCGAUUGUAAGGUGCUGUCAAGGAACCAUGCUCUCGUCUGGUUUGAUCACAAGACAGGGAAGUUUUAUCUUCAAGACACUAAGAGUAGUAAUGGUACCUUUAUAAACAGCCAGAGAUUGAGUCGAGGAUCUGAAGAAAGUCCACCAUGUGAGAUUCUAUCUGGUGAUAUUAUCCAGUUUGGGGUAGAUGUGACAGAGAACACACGGAAAGGUAAGGUUACCCAUGGAUGUAUUGUUUCCACAAUAAAACUUUUUCUACCAGACGGUAUGGAAGCCCGGCUACGGUCAGAUGUCAUCCAUGCUCCAUUACCAAUUCCUGUUGACAAGGUUGCUGCUAAUACUCCCAGUAUGUACUCUCAGGAACUGUUCCAGCUUUCGCAGUAUCUACAGGAGGCCUUACAUCGGGAACAGAUGUUGGAACAGAAGCUGGCCACUCUUCAGCGACUGUUAGCCAUCACCCAGGAGGCUUCAGAUACUAGUUGGCAGGCUUUAAUAGAUGAAGAUAGGCUGCUUUCACGGUUAGAAGUUAUGGGAAACCAGUUACAGGCGUGUUCUAAAAAUCAAACAGAAGAUAGUUUACGGAAGGAACUUGUAGCAUUACAGGAAGACAAACACAACUAUGAGACAACUGCCAAAGAGUCCCUGAGGCGGGUCCUUCAGGAGAAAAUUGAAGUGGCCAGGAAACUAUCUGAAGUAGAGCGAAGUCUGAGUAACACUGAAGAUGAAUGUACGCACCUAAAAGAAAUGAAUGAAAGGACUCAGGAAGAAUUAAGAGAAUUGGCCAAUAAAUAUAAUGGAGCAGUCAAUGAGAUUAAAGAUCUCUCUGACAAGUUAAAGCUAGUAGAAGGAAGACAAGAGGAAAUGCAGCAGAAGGGACUAGCUGAAAAAAAGGAAUUACAGCAUAAAAUAGAUGAAAUGGAAGAAAAAGAACAAGAGCUCCAGGCAAAAAUAGAAGCUUUGCAAGCAGAUAAUGACUUCACCAAUGAACGACUAACUGCUUUACAAGGGAUACAAGUUGAUGACUUCUUACCUAAAAUUAAUGGGAGCACAGAAAAAGAGCACUUUCUUUCAAAGAGUGGCGGGGACUACACUUUUAUUCAACAGUUCACAAAGUGCCAGAACAAGCUCAUAGACGAGGGACAUCUAACCAAAGCAGUGGAAGAAACAAAGUUUUCAAAAGAAAAUCAAGCAAAAGCAAAAGAAUCAGAUUUAUCAGAUACUCUUAGUCCAAGCAAGGAAAAAAGCAGUGACGACACUACAGAUGCCCAAAUGGAUGAACAGGACCUAAAUGAGCCUCUUGCUAAAGUUUCAUUAUUAAAAGAUGAAUUACAGGGUGCGCAGUCAGAAACUGAGACAAAACAAGAAAUUCAGCAUCUGCACAAGGAGUUGAUUGAAGCCCAAGAGCUAGCUAGAGCAAGUAAACAAAAAUGCUUUGAACUUCAAGCGCUUUUGGAAGAAGAAAGAAAAGCCUACCGAAAACAGGUUGAGGACUCCACCAAGCAGAUACAUGUUCUUCAAGCCCAACUACAGAAGUUGCAUAUUGAUAUUGAGAACCUUCGUGAGGAAAAGGAAAGUGAAAUAACAAGCACACGGGAUGAAUUGGUCAGUGCCCAAGAUGAGAUUCUGCUCCUUCAGCAAGAUGCUGAAAAAGCUGCUUCUAAGCGAGACACUGAUAUUGCUUCACUACAAGAAGAGCUUCAGAAGGUGCGGGCUGAGCUGGAGAGGUGGCGGAAAGCAUCUUCAGAGUAUGAGAAAGAAAUUAUUAAUCUGCAAUCCAGUUUUCAACUUCGAUGUCAGCAAUGUGAGGCCCAGCAGAAAGAGGAAGCCACAAGGCUGCAAGGUGAACUGGAACAAUUGAGAAAGAAGUGGAAUAAACUGGAAGUUGAAUGUCUUUCUUUAAAAAAGGAGAACACGUCACUUUCAUCAGAACUGCAACAGCAAGAAAGAGAAUUGCACAGCUCUCAGAAGCAGAGUUUAGAGCUAACCAGUGAUUUAAAUGUCCUUGAAAGAACCAAAAAAGAACUUGAGAACCAGAUGGGAUUCUUGAAAGAACAGCAUCAGCGGGAUUCAGCUGGUUUAAAAACCCUGUUGAAUAAGGCUGAGAAUCAAGCAAAGGAUGUUCAGAAAGAGUAUGAAAAGAUAGAGACUGUACUCUCGGAACUGAAAUUGAAGUUUGAAGUGACUGAACAAGAGAAACAGUCAAUCACUGAUGAACUCAAACAAUGUAAAGAUAACCUGAAGCUGCUACAAGAGAAAGGAAACAAUCCUUCCAUAGUACAACCCGUCCCAGCCGUAUUCAUCGGCCUAAUCCUGGCUUUCCUGUUUUGGUGUUACGGUCCAUUGUGGUAGAGAAAGAAACACUGGCCUUGGAUGCCUAUGUUGGCAGCUCUGGUGGCUGUGACAGCAAUAGUGCUGUACCCAGGCUUAACUAGAACUUCACCAUGAGAACUUGUUUUGAAUCCGUACACCGUCCUCCCUUUAGAAGCUGGCAACACACCAACACUGGGGAAAACAUCCAUUUUCUUCCUUUUUACUUCUUGCAACAUAUCAGCAGUAGGGUUGUUGCUUGAAAUUGUAUAAAAUAUAUCUGUCUAUAAAGAGGGAAUAAAAUUGUGACUUUAUUCUAGUGUAAGCAGUAAUUUGCUUGCAAUUUUUCAUGUAAUUUUUGAAUUAGUCUCUUGGGGUUCUAAAUACUCUGGAGGCCUAAAGUAGGUUUCUUGGUACCAAGUUAUUUAUAACAUUUAGGUUUGUGUCUAUUUAACUCUAGAUUCUGAUUGCCAGAUAAAAAUCAUUUUUCUAAUUGGUUUCCUACCCAAAUCAAACACAUACCAACCAGGGCAUAUCAAUUUGAAAUGAUAAAAACUUUUAUUUAUUUAUUUUUUUAUUUUUAUUAUUUUUUUUGAAAAAAAAAUUACUCCGUUUGUACUUCCUACAUAAAUCAAUGAGGCAUUGGGAACAAAAUUUAGACACAACUCCUAUUUGUGUGCUUUUUAAAGGAAAAAAAUGGUCCCUGGACAAGAUUCUGGGUAAUGGACACACUUGUGCAACCUUAACAACGUGACUUGGAAACAUAGAUGGAGUCAGUCUCGAGGAGUUUUAAGGGAGAGUGGGUGCAUAUGGACUGAAGUAUUUCUGGGAGCAAAAAACUUAAUCAUUUCACAACUACGCUUCAGUGAUAGCCACUCUGUUGAUUUCAGUAAGAAUGAAGUUUAUUAAAAUUUCUAUAAAGUGACAAUUGCUUUAAAAGUCAAAUGCUUUCUCAUAUUUUAGGAAGCUUGAUUUUUACUUAUCUAUUCUUUCUGACGUGGUUAAUUGGAGGAUGUAUACUUUAGAGAAACUUUUAUUGGAUUCAUUUUGGAAGCUUUGGAGGCAUUGUAGAUCUCACAGUCGUAAAUCAAACUCUUAUUUUGUAAAACUAGCUCAUGGAAAAUGCUAUUUGAGGACUCUUAGUCUUGAUUUUUCAACAAAGCCCAGGAUCUUCUGGUUUAAUCCCGAAGUACCAUAUUGGGUAAAUUCUGUGCCACUCAACAGUUCUACAAGUAAGCUUCAUUGUGAUUCAUAUUGUCAAGUUGAAGUUACUCGGUUAAAGGAAACCAAAAGGAAAAUCUCAGCGAACAUUCAAUUGGCUUGAACAUUUUAUGGCAAUCGGACAGGUCUAGCCUAGACAUUUAGCAUAUAAUUUGCCUUGUGCGGUUUCAAGGGUCAUUGUUUAUCCUUUAAAGGUUAUAUUUUAAGCUAUUUGGGAUUUGCUAAUGGGAGGAUCACUAGAUUUGUGGACUAAUUAUUCCACCAGCUACUUAUAGAAAACAAUAUUGAGAUAUAGUUCAUGUCAUCAUUUUUUAGUUGCAGGAAGCCACCCAACCACAAAUGCUCAUAUGCCAGUGGUACCCAGUACCUCUUGUAUAUAGGUUAUUGCAAAUAUUGUUCUGAAAUGCUUAACUUCAGAAUUACAUUUUUUAAAAAUAAAUUGUUUUAAAUCUAUUUUGUAAAGAUAUAAAAAUACAAUAGAAUUUCUGGAGUACAAAUUAAACUAUUUGCACUAACACACACGAUGUGCAUGAUUUAAUAAAUAACUUUACUCUCCCUG